AGUCGCAGGUAAUUUCCUCCCGGGCCUCCAUGGGCUUCUGUAUAAAGGCCCUCCGGAGCUGGUCCCUGACAGAGCCCGAGCCUGCAGACCCAGCCAGACGCUGCUGAGCCCGCUGCCCAGAGCCCCAUGAAGCUGAUAGCCCUGCAGCUGCUCCUCUGGCACAGCGCACUUUGGACAGUGCGAGAAGCCACUCCCCUGGGCCCUGCCCGCAACCUGCCCGAGACCUUCCUGCUCAAGUGCUUAGAGCAAGUGCGGAAGAUCCAGGCUGAUGUCGUGGCCAUGCAGGAAAGGCUGUGUGCCACCCACAAGCUGUGCCACCCCGAGGAGCUGGUGCUGCUCAGGCACUCUCUGGGCAUCCCCCAGGUUCCCCUGGGCAGUUGCUCCAGCCAAGCCCUGCAGCUGACAAGCUGCCUGGGACAGCUCCACGGUGGCCUCUUCCUCUACCAGGGCCUCCUGCAGGCCCUGGCAGGAAUCUCCCCCGAGUUAGGCCCCACCUUGGACAUGCUGCAGCUGGACAUCACCGACUUUGCCACCAACAUCUGGCAGCAGAUGGAAGACCUGGGGAUGGCCCCUGGCGUGCAGGCCACCCAGGGCACCGUGCCCACCUUCACCUCGGCCUUCCAGCGCAGGGCAGGGGGCGUCCUGGUGGCCUCCAGCCUGCAGAGCUUCCUGCAGCUGGCCCUCCGCGUCCUGCGUCACCUCGCCGAGCCCUGAGCAAAACCCUACCCACCCGAUGUAUUUAUCUCUAUUUAAUAUUUAUUUAAACCUAAUAUUUAAAGACAGGGAAGAGCAGAAAGGAGUCUCCGAUUCCUGGGCCCUUCCCUCCACCUCCAAGUGUCAUUCUGUCUGUGGCAGAGAGAAAGCUCCUGUCUUCCUGUCCCCUGGACUGGGAGGUCGAUAGGUAAAUACCAAGUAUUAACUCCGAUGACUGUGGUGGGCACUGAACCCCCGACCCCGAGGGCACCCGACUUGGGGCCCUUGGAAGCAUCAGAAGCUCUCCCACGUGGGAGACAAGACAGCCCUGUUUAAUAUUUAAACAGCAGUGUUCGCCGCUGGGCCCUCGCAUCCCUCCCUCGCUCUGGCGUCAGCGUGGCGUGCGAAUGCCAGGCCUCGCUUCCCCUCACGUCUCCUCCCCACGGGCAUGAAGCCCAGCAGAGGCAGCCUGAGCUGGGAGGCUUGACCCUGGGGUCCCACAAAUUUGAUGGGUAAUCUAAUUUUUCUUAAGAUUUUGGGGGGCAUGUCUUGACGCCCGUGGGGUGUCUCUCGUUUCUUCUGGAUGCCCUCUAGAGACACCCAUAGGCUUGGGACCCCACCCCCACCAGGGCCAGUACUCUGCCUCCUCCUAGGGCUGUGCAGAUGGUCGUGCACCUGCCUUGCUGGGUGGGGCUGGCAAUGUGGGCGGGAAAAGAGGAGGGGGAUUAUGUGAUGGGUGAGAGGGAAGCUCAAUGUUCACUCUCAACCUCUACUCUCUUAUUGUAGCCAAACUUCGUGUUAAUAAAGUGUUUGUCUUUAGCAAA